CCCUGAGAAAACUUCAGUGUUGCCUGUAGCAGAUAAACAGUUAUUUCUCCCCCCAAACCAAUGAGGCUUAAUGAAAAAUCUAGAAGGUAGUAACUCGUGCAAGAGAAGAAAGAAGAGACAAGUUCUUACAAGGUAUGUUUAGUGCAUAAAGGAGGAAGAAUAGAAGGUUCCUGGGUGGAGUUACCCAUGAACAGCAGCAAUGGUAAUGAUAAUGGCAAUGGGAAAAAUGGAGGACUGGAGCACGUCCCUUCCUCAUCCUCUAUCCACAAUGGAGACAUGGAGAAGAUUCUUUUGGAUGCACAACAUGAAUCAGGACAGAGUAGUUCAAGAGGCAGUUCUCACUGUGACAGCCCUUCCCCACAAGAAGAUGGGCAAAUUAUGUUUGAUGUGGAAAUGCACACCAGCAGGGACCAUAGCUCUCAGUCAGAAGAAGAAGUUGUAGAAGGCGAGAGAGAAGUUGAUGCGUUGAAGAAAAGUGUAGACUGGGUGUCCGACUGGUCCAGUAGGCCUGAAAACAUUCCCCCGAAGGAGUUCCACUUCAGGCACCCUAAACGUUCUGUUUCUUUAAGCAUGAGGAAAAGUGGAGCCAUGAAGAAGGGGGGCAUUUUCUCUGCGGAAUUUCUUAAGGUGUUCAUUCCAUCUCUCUUCCUUUCUCAUGUUUUGGCUUUGGGGCUAGGCAUCUAUAUUGGAAAGCGACUGAGCACAUCUUCUGCCAGCACCUACUGAAGGCCAGGAGCCCCGGGAACGCGUGCGCCCUGUGAAGUGGUGUAUUGUCACAGUAGUUUAUUUGAACUUGAGACCCUUGUAAGCAUGACCCAACCUACAGUCCUAUUUUUACAUAUCCAAGCUCCAGUAACUCUCAAAUCCAGUAUUUUAUUCAAACUCUGUUGAGGCAUUUUACUAACCUCAUUCUCUUUGGGCCUGUAAGACUUUAGAAUCUCCUAACAGAGUUUACUGUUGUUUAGAAAUUUGCAAGGGCUUCUUUUCCGCAAAUGCCACCAGCAGUUAAUAAUUUUGUCAAUAAUGCUAUUGUCUCCUUUUAGUGCCACCAGACUUAGACCAGAAUCACUCAUGGUAUAAAUUUUACUCUCUCAAGAUGACUACCAUCUCGCUCAUAAAACAAGAUAAGACUAGCAAAUGACGUAAAAGCUUUGUUUUGUUUUUCAAAAAAAGGCAAGCUUCCUUAAGCUUGAAUUUAUAGUUAUUAAAAAAGGAAACAAGAAAAACAAACAAACACGCAAGACACAAGAAAAAAAUACCUUGGGCAAUAAAAAUUUAUUUUAAACCAGCUUUGUCUAAACCUCCUAAUGGCACCUUUUAAUUUGUAGGACACGGUCUAUGGGUGUGAAAUAGAAUAAGAACUAAAAUACAUCAGCAGAUUUUAAUACUAGUAGGUUGUAAUGCUGUCUUUUCUAUGGUGUAGAAUCUUUAUUUCUGAUAAGGAACGUCUCAGGCAACUUCCUUCAGUGACAUACUUUUUGUGUGUUUGUUUCUAAAAUGUGAAGCUUUAGGACCAAAUUGUUAGAAAGCAUCAGGAUUACCAAUUAUUUCAAGUAGAUUUAUUGGGUUUCAAAACACAUAGCAUGACUCUGAAGGAUAUUAUUAUAUGUUUUAUAUAUAAAUAAUUACUGUUUAUGAUAUAGACAUUACUAUUGAAUAUUUAGAGACCAUUGUUAAUUUUAAAACUAGCAAAAUACUCAUUAAAUAAAGUACAUCAGGUUGACUUGAAUAAAAACACUUUGACAACCAGGUUUGCCAGUUUGCAGAAACUAACUCUUCUCUCUCACAUCAAGUUUUUAAAAAUUUGUGUUGUAGUGGAAAAUAACGUACCGAGUAACAAAAAAAUAAUUUCUGACUGUCUUUUUUUUUUCAGGAAUAUAGCUAGCUAUCUUUAAGAAAGAGAUGAUAUAUACAAAAUAGUUUUCUGAAUUAUUUUACUUUGUUUCUUUCUAGCAAUGUAUGCUAAAUAAUUUUGGACAUCUUUUUAUUAUACCUUGUUUCUAUGUUAUUCUUAAACCUGGUAACACUUGAUUUGUCUUCUGUAACCUAUUUAUUUCAAGUGUUCAUAUUUAAAUUUCUUUGGGAAGAACAAAAAUUUGAUGAUCCACUGAUUUUGAAAAGCCUGAAUAAAAUUGGAAAAGCUGGUAAAAUUAAGAGAACUAAAUAAUUAAACUGCUAUAAUAUACAAUUUGGCAUUAUGGGAGGGAAAAGCAAAAUUAUUAUUAAAAUAAGACCAACUUUGUAUAGGCACUGCAUCGCUCUCUUUUGAAAUUCAGUAACAGUUCUAUCAGUAUGAUUGAACUUGGUAUAUUAAUGAUAUUUUUUCAACAUUGAAAAUAAAUUUAGUUUUGCCCUUUUUCUUAAAAAUACCAGUGAAAUGUUGUCCUGUUUAUUACAUGGUCACAGUAGAACUUCUAUAAGGUGGAAUCAUGCAGUGUUUAUUGGUAGCACUAGCUUACGAGACAGAUAUUUAUGCUCCUCCCCAGAUUUGUGUUGAACAGAAACAGAUGAUGUGAUUGGAAAGGAGAAUCCACAAUUAAGAGCUGACAUUUUAAGAGUAAUGUUUAAAAAGCGUUACACCUGUUUACAACUUGGAAAUGAAAAGGCAGGCUUCGUUUUUCUACUGUGUGAUAAAAACUGGCUUAAAAUAUUUAUAAAUAGAGUCAAGAGUGAAACUGUACAAACUUGCACAUUGCAAAGUGCAACAAGUUACUUUGAUUGCAGUACAAAUAUUUACUGUUCUAAAAAUUGAAGACUUAGCCAGGCAGAUGAAUUUUUAAGUGAACCAGUUGUUGAAAUUAUUGGAAUUAACUGAGCCAAAGUGAUUCUGCAUUCUUCAUCUAUUUAGUUAGCACUUUGUAUCAUUAUAUACCGUUUACAAUAUAUGUAUAACUUGUAGCUAUAAUCAUUUGUGCCAUUAAAGCUCUCACAAAACCGUU